AUGUCCGCGCUGAACGCUUUCCACGAGUCGCUACCAUAUAUUGAUGACGAGCCCACACCAGCCGAGCGCGAAGUCGCUGAGUCUUUAAUUCGAGCUGAACUAUCCACAUUUUCCCCGGCGCCUGUGCCACAAUACAAAGAACCGUCUUUCUCCCACCUCGUCGACCUCGAGCUGGAGCGCGUCGCUUCCAAGCAGCCCCUCAAAGCCAUUGAUCUCGACCGUUAUCAAACACAGGAGCCAUUUACUGACUCUGGAGAAUCGUCAACAGCAGAAGACCGUAUUCGUCUUGCCGACUCACUCCAGAAGGCCUACAUUUCCUACGCCUAUCUCGAUACCCGUGCACAGAAUCUGAACCUAUUGGAAAAAUGGGGAAAGAACGCGUGGUUGAUCGGCAAUUGGGGACUCGAAAAUGAACUGAAAGGUUUUGAGCGUGAUCUCGCCGAAACAAAGCGCCUCAUUGACGUUUUGACUGUUGCCCGGAGACGUCAACAAGAAGCAGUAGCGGCAGAGAUGAAGGGCUUGGAGGAGAACUGGAAGAAGGGUGUUGGAAGGACACUAGAGACUGAGAUUGCAGUUGAGCAGCUGAGAAGAGAGGUAGUGGAAGAGAUGAGGAUACGGGGCGGCUGA